AUGAAGCUUCCACGAGCUGACCGUCGGGGAACUUUUCCAGAGGAAAUCCCGGAAAAAAAGCCUUCGUCGGGCCGCAAUUCUUCCCCGGCUGGUGAGAAGACGUGCGGCACGACGUCAUGGCAGACGAGAUUCUCGGAGACGUCAGGAAGAAAGGCGGUGGGCCGAAGGGCGUCCAAUUUUCCCGAAGCGAUCGAUAGAAUUCCUCGAACAUUCCGGUUCUUCUACAGGCGCCCCGAUGCUUUUCGCCAUCGAUUCGUCGACGCCAUUCUCCCUCUCGGCGUGUUGCCUCCCAUUUCCUAAAAGCUUUUCCCUCCAUCACCUUCGUUUUUUUGUUGUUGUUUCGUCCGAGCCGACUCAAAUGGUUACGGUAAAUGAUCAGGUGAUUGCAGACCGAUUUUCGAUGUCCGAUGGGUGACGACGAAGUCUCCUACGAACAGCACGUCCAGCGCAACAAUCAGCGCCUUGCCUCUAUCCGCCAGGUGAGAAGAGAAUCUGUUUUUUCCCCUUUUUUGAAGUUGAAUCAUCGAAUAGAGCGUUUUUGUUUAGAAGCUUCUUCUUAUAGUCCUUUUUUCUAAGCUUGUAUCUCAAUAGUUCCUAAGGGAUCUAAAAUUAACCAACUUUUUUUGCCUGUAAUGAUAAUAUUUGCAGUUUCUCUGUUAAUUGAAGGUCUCUUUUGCUAUUUGUGUAAAAAUUAUCUUCUUACGGUCAUAUGUCUAAUUUUUAAAAGUAUUCAAUUUGUUUUCUUUUCUAUUGUAACAUGCAGCUGUGCUGUAAAAUCUCGUUAGACUACGGAAUUUUUUUUUUCUUUUCCGUUUUUCUCACAUUUUGUCGAGCUUAUAUUUUAGUUUCAUUUGAAAAACGUUUUGAAGCCGUACGUUCCCGCCAGAACAGCUUUGCGAUCUGAUUAAUGAACAUAGCUUCCUUUUUCUCAAUACUUUUCACUUACCGUAGUCUCAGAGUACGUGACCACGGUGCACUUUGAUGUGUUUUGUUACAUUUUACUCGACGCGCAGAUUCUGCUUUUUUUUUAACUUUUUAUUUGACUUGUUACUCUUUUUUCACUGAUAUUCGAAUAAUCAGUUUUGAUUCCAGUCUCUGACGGAUCCGUUGACUUUUGCUUCAUCAUGUGUGGAGCUGACCAAGUGGUGCUCGGAUCCUCGAGCGUUCACGGCCGCUUUCGAGGACAAUCUUAUCGCUGCCUUGCAGGUUUUUUUUUGCAAUUUUCUUAUUCGUUGAUUUUAUAGUUUUGAAUCCAUUUUUGUUUGCGUAUUUCUGGUUUUCUAAUCAGGUUUUUUUUUCAUUAUUUUUUAACCUCUCGAAAACUCCUUUGAAGGUUUAAAGAUUUUGGAAACACUCAAUAAUUUUUUUUUUCCCAAUUUCAGAAUCGAAUUUCCUUUUUAACCUGGUAUGUACUGAGAAACUGUAUGGAAUUUUUUUUCACACUUUUUUGAGGGGGUUUUUUUUUUGGUAGAUCUCUCAUUUUUCGUUUUAAGAUUAUUUCGAUUUAAGUUUCAGUUUGGAGUUAAAAUCUGAUUAUAAUGUGAAAUUCAUAUCUUUUCGGUUUUCUUUUUGAAAUUUUCAACAUGUCUGGAAAUCAGAGAAUUAUUGAUGUUAUUUCUGUGGCACGCAAGCUGACGGUUUUUAGAUCGCGAUGGAGAACGGAGUCAAGGAAAACUUUGACUUCAACCUGGCCCAUCAGCUCAUUUCGGCCUGCUUUUCCCACCGAAAGCUUCUUUCCAAGCCCAGUGCAAGUGAGUUUCACGUGAUAUGGUGUUUAAAAAAAAACCCAAGUUGAACUUGGAAGGUUUCUGUUUUUUGUUUUCUGUAAAGUCUAUACCUAUUUCAAUUCAUUCUUCUGUGAAUUUCAACAAAUUAUUGUUCUUUAUCAUGAGUUACGGAUCGAGUCCCCAGUGUUGAAUCUGAGGCGCCAACACUUCGUUCUGUUUGACUCCAUUUUAAAUUUUCAAUGUUUUUGUUCGAAUAUGUUCUGACCAAUAUAAGAGAUGACAACAAGCUCAAUUUUUUUACUUCAAUAAUUUCUUUAUUUGAAAAAUGAAAAAGAAAAAAAUUUCAUAUAAACUUUUAAAUUAUAAAAAAAUCAUCUUCAAGAAUGAUUUUUUUAUAAAGACGUCAUGAUCCUUGUACAAAUGACGUCAUCAAAUAUUUUUUUGUGAAUCAUAGAGGAACCAACUCGCUUCAACUAAAAAUCAGAAGUCGUUGAAAAGAUCAUGACGUCACUUUAGCUCCCUAUAGUUCGAAGAGACUAGUCCCAAAUGACGUCAUCGAAAUUUUUCGUUUAAUUUUUCACGUUAAAGCAAAAUCUUCGUUUUAAACUUUUCAUGAAGAAAAAUUGUUCUAUAUUAAAUUCUUGAAUCUUUUUAUGUUUUUUUUUACUUCUGUUUUAUCGUUUCAAAAAAAAAGUUUUCAUUUUGUUUGGGACCAUUUUUUUGUGAAAGUUCUCCGAUUUAUCUGGAUGAUCUCUCAUUUUUCAUUCCCGACUCCACUAAGAAAAUUUCAUUUAUAUAUAUAUAUAUAUAUAUAUAUAUAUAUAUAUAUAUAUAUAUAUAUAUAUCAUGAUAAGAACAGAAAGAACAUUGAUUGAAAUCAUUAACAGGCUUGUAGGUGCUCUCAAAUUUAUUUUGAAAAUUGACUGAAAAGAGCGAGGGAUGAACUUCAGUCAAUAAUUUUGUUACAAUAUAUAUUUUUUUUUGAUUAGAUUUUUCGGGACUUCAUAAAAGCUGAAGCAGGGAAAUGGGAUCUUCAGUGAACUUUUCCGAAGAUAUAUGAGAAAUUCCAGAUCGUAUCAAUCGAUGGUACGAGCAACUGCGGCGUUUGAAGAAGAGCGGCGGACGGAAAAAGAAGAGGCCGACGGCUUCAGACGCCAACGCCGUCGGCGGGGUCGUCGAUCCGGCGACGUCGUCUUCUGAAAGCGUGCAGCCGUUUGUCGGCGAGGCGUGUUCAGUUGAGAGGUGCGUCUUUUUUCUUUGUAAAACUCUCUUUCAAGCUUUUUUUUUUUCAAGGAAAGUUGACCGCCUAGUGUCAUUAAUACUUCAAAAAUGGAAUAGGUUUCUAUAAAAAACGCGUAGGAAAUUAAUUAGCUUUCUGAUUUAUUUUUUUCAUUUUGAACGUUAUAAAUAAGCUUUCCUUUAUUGGAAUUCUCAACGUCAAAGGCCUUUAGUGACGUCAUUUGAAACUACUGUAACAUAAUCGUUCAUUUUUUGAGUAGAAGUUUAUGGCAGGAUUCGUCAAUCUUCAGUUUCAAUGACGUUAUGGAUUUUGAAAAGUUUCAUAGUGUCGUGUCUUCCAUAAAGGGCAAGUGGGCGUGGCCUAAUUUGAUACAAGUUCAAGCGUCUGUGCUCAUUUUUCAAGUUAGACAGGGCUGUAGAUAUUGUUCCUGAAAUCCUCAAAUGUUAACCAAGGGACGUCUUUCCGGAUCUGUAUCGCUAUUAAAAGCGCAUCCAGUGGGCGUGGCCUGCUUUAUUGAAACUUUGAGGAUUUUCCGAGCUUACAAGCUGUGGAAUUCGUGUUUCAAUUCAGUUGAUGUCAUAGAAGGUUGAAAAUGACGUCAUCUCUUUGGGACCUACAGUAUCAAUAUCAAAGUCGCAAAAGAUGGUGUGUCCUCAAUUAGGGAAGUUGUAUAGAAAUCUCUAUCUAGUUUUUCUUUCGAGAGAUUUCCAGUUGACUCUGAAUGACGUCAUCAUGACGUGAUUCUUGAUAUUUAUGACGUCACUUUUGACAUCGUGUUCUAGCCGUUUAUUCCUUAUCUGCAUGACUCAUUUAGAAAGCUUUUAUGUUUUAUUAGUCAGAGUUAAUGAUUUUUUUCCGUAUUUUUUUCGAAAUUUAUCUUGUAUUGCGUUUCGUGGAGCGCUUUCUGUGAGCGAGAAGAAGAAAAUUUAACAAAAAAUUCGAAAGGUCGUAUAAAUGACGAGAGAAACGUGAGGGAAUUCGUGCGUGGGACAAAUUUCAGUUUUUUCUUCUUCUCCUUGAAAUUGAUCUUUCAAAAUGACGGGAGUUUCAAGAAUAUGUAAAAAAAAAGUAGAGUAUUGUGUAGAAAUAAAAAAAAAUAAAGUAAGAAGCUGAAAACUUUGGAUUUUUGCAGGCUAUCCGAUUGAGAACUCAUGAUUAGUUUUUCAAGUAUUCAGUAUAGGGUUUCAGUUUCAAAAAUGGAGUUUUGGGUAGCUUUCAAAUUUCGUGAUCCGAUAAUUUCAUUUUGGUAUGAUGAACUUUGCCAAGUUGAGUUGUUUUUUCUCAACUUGGCAAAACGUUUUUUUCUCGUAGAUCUAUAAAUAGCUUCUGGAGAUUCUAAAAAGUUUCAAAUCGACAAUGCCUCGAUAAGAUUCGAUUCAAUCAUAUUUCACCUCCUCAAAGAUUCUUUUUACAAAUCACGGUCCUGAGAAACCGAGAAGGACAUUAUCUGCCCCGAAGGAGAUCAACCAUGUCCACAUUUGGUGGUGGCAGCGGCUGGUGAGUCUGUGUGUGUAUGCGUGCACAUGUGUGUGUUUUUUAUCGCGACAAUCGCGGCGCUGCUGCCGAGCCAAACCAAUUUGAGGAGCAACUGCCGAAACUGCACUCACGCUCACACACUCUCACAUCGCAUAUGAUUCUUCGAGGAGACGUCCCAUCCAUUUGUGGAGAGAGAGGAGGCGACACCGCGGCGGCUGGUGUUCCCACGCAAUGAGAUCUUUUCGGCGUCUCUCCGAUUCACGUCGACUCUCGGCGCAGCGUCCAAAAUUCCGGGGCAAGUCGGUUUGGACUCUGACACCUCGCAGAAUGCCGCGCUCCCUCGUCGUCGUCGUCGUCGCCGCGAAAAACCUGGCGGAGCCUCCGUCGAAGGAGCUCCCAAACCUGAUGGCAACACUCACGCUCACGCUCACAAGAGUGUUCUUCUUUGCCAUCUUGCCUUCUGAUGUCGACGUCGUGGAUUUAGCCAAAAUAUCCUCAUGUAUUAAUAUUUCGUCGCUGGCCUUUUCGCGUCUCGCUCCUCUCCACACCUCUCUUCGCGUUCCGCCCCUAUCCUUGCAGCCGUUUGGCGUUCUUCGGAUUUGA